CGACACAUGUUCUAAACUGCCUAGCGCGCCUAGAGUACUAGAGUAGACUGCUGGCAGUCAAAGCAAUUCAUCAUGGACUCUUCGACUUUGGUAUCAAGAGCAAGAGUACAGCUUCCGGCGAUACACAAUGUUACAUAUCCUAAUCUCGUCAAAGAGCAAGAGGCGUCUUCUUCUAGACUGGCCAGACAGGAACGUCAGGUGAUCACCCUCCCUACAGCUGCCGAUCUCUUCGUCCCUUCUCUUCCAGGUAUACCAGACCUUGCUUUUCAUCCCACACACCCGCUUAAUGUCUACGCAGGAGAACUGCCGUCGUACCCCGGAGAAGGCAAGGGUGGUGGGGAAGGAGAUACGGGAAAGGAAGCGCAGAUCUUCUUCAUGAUGAUCCGUGCACGUCGGUCGGCCGGUAGACAACGGGUCAUAUUCUGGUUCAAUGGCGGCCCAGGAUGCUCUUCGUUCGAUGGCUCGCUCAUGGAAGUUGGACCAUUUCGAACGAUUCCCGCAUCUCAGACCACUUCUGGAAAGGUGGAACUGCGGCUUGUGGAGGCGGGGUGGGAAGAGUUCGCAACUGUCGUCUUCGUCGAUCAACCGCCAGGCACUGGCUACUCCUUCGUACCCACCAAUAACUACCUUCAUGAACUUGAUCAGGCUAGUGCGCACCUCAUACAAUUCAUGCACAACCUGUACCAUGUUUUUCCCGAUUUAAAAGGACAAGAUACGUAUCUUGCAGGUGAAUCCUUUGCAGGUCAAUAUAUACCUUAUUUUGCGGACGCUCUACUAAAGACAUCUACUCUGCCAGGAUUUGACUUAAAGGGGAUUGCUAUAGGAAAUGGGUGGAUAGAUCCCAAGCAACAGUAUCAGGGAUAUGUCGAUUUCGCUUACGAGAAGGAUUUGAUCAAACCGGGUUCAGCUGAAGCAGAUGCUCUCGAAAAGGCGAUGGAACGAUGUCAAACCGGUAUUGACAAAUACCCUGAUGACGCGACCACUCCAGUCAACAUCGACAACUGUGGUCAGGUCAUGGAGAUGGUAACCGAGCCCUUUCAGCAGGAACUGAACGGUAAAAAGCAAUGUAUGAAUGUGUACGACGUUCGAUUAGUGGAUGACUGGCCUGCAUGCGGGAUGAAUUGGCCACCGGAUCUGCCAGAUGUCUACGACUUUUUACGGCGAACCGACGUCAUUUCUGCCUUGCACGCGACCAUCAAAGAUACCGCUUGGGUGGAAUGCAGUAAUCGCGUGUCUUCCGAGCUCACGAUGCCAAACUCACCAGCGGCCGUCCACCUCAUUCCCGGAAUCUUGGAGAAAGGAGUACAUGUACUCAUGUUUGCGGGCGCAGAGGACCUGAUAUGUAAUUACAAGGGUAUAGAGAGGAUGUUGGAGCAUAUGACAUGGAACGGAGCUACCGGCUUCGAAGAUGUUCCGGCUGAGGGAUGGUAUUUCAACGACACCAAAGUCGGAGCAUGGCAAACCGCUCGGAACAUGUCUUACGCCAAAAUUUACGACGCUUCCCAUAUGGUCGGAUUCGAUGUUCCGGCCGUAACAGACGACAUGAUCCUUCGGUUCAUGGAUGUGGAUCUAUCACUCUUACCAGGCUCCGUGGCUUCAUCGCCCAGUCGGAUAGGCGAUGCAGAUAGAGUUGUCGUCGGCGUAUCAUCUAGCACAGCCGCUGGUUUGGCUUUGUUGAAAGGAGGUUCAACCCCUUGGGAAGCGUGGUACAAUGCCGGUUCUGCCCUCCUCAUCCUCCUCGUUCUCGCGGGUAUAGUCGGCGCUUACCUCUACUUCCGUCGUAUCGGGCGGAUCAGACGACACCGUCUCGGCGGUGUUAAUCUACGCGAUGUCGAAGAUGCCUCUGCGGCCGAACGAGUCCCAUUAGGAGCAGAAAGGAUCGAACUAGAAGCUGUGGAGCAAGCGGAGUCGUAUGAGUUGAAUGAUAGACGCCGGAAAGCCGCAGGGGGGUUGGGGAAAGGAAAGGGAAAGUCGAGAGUCAUGGACGGGGAAGAGGAUUGGAGGCAAGGAGAAGAGGAUGGACAUGGGAGAACGGUAUUCGCUCUGGAGGACGACGACGAAGAUGAAGAUGAGAGAAUGCGGAGCACAUGAAGGAUAAACGUGGGGUGUGCGAUUUGCGCUCAUCCUAUGUAUGUUGCUUCUUUCAUGCCUAAAGAAGAUCUGUGCCGACCAAUUCCCCUGCGGAUGAAUGCAUUUCCCAUGACACCCCAUCUCUCGCUCGUCAUCGCGGCUGACACAAAGUGGAACCUCUACUACGUCUGACGGGCGCGAACACCGGAUUAAAUUAUCGAACUCACUAUGUCAAGCUUCUUGGACCCCUUCUCAUGACGUACGAUCUCUCCCCAUGAUCAUUGGACAUUUCUCACCUGCACCGUUCUCGCACUGGUUCAUUGGUUCGAAUAAAAAGAACGGCAGCCUGGUGGGAAACCUAAAAAUACUCGUUUUUCUCUUUCAUUAUCCGGAUCAUAGAAAUGUUGACGGCGAGGUCCGUCCGGACAAGGUCAGAGGCAAGAUGACGUGGUGAGAUAGUUGAUAUCCCCCCCUCCCCCCCGUCCCCCUCCGUAUUGUGCAAUAGGCGUGACAUGGGAAAACAAAUCGCACGCCUUCUUACAUCCCACGAUCCCGUCCGAGGGUGGAUCUUCCAGUAUCCCGCGAUUUUGUCCGAGAGGCGGUACGCGCUAAUACGAUCCAUUCUUCUUCACACAUAGGUAGUCGUAUUUGGACAAGCGUCUCUCCUCCCUGUAGGUUGAGCGUGGAGGAUAUAAUCGGCGAGGGGGGAGUACAGUUGUUGACACAUCACUCUCAUUCCCAGUAGACGGCUACGUUGUAAGACAUACCACAAUGGCACAGAAUUCGAUGGAUGCAACAAUUCCUGAC